AUGGCGGCUAAUUUUCGUAGUGUUCACGACGAGUCCCUUAAAGCCCGCCCCUCGCCGAUCAACUACUACUCGCGCUACAUCCUCUCCUUCUUUCUUGGCUCUGUCUUCGCUGUCUUCGUUGUCUUCUCCACCACACAACUCUCUCCGCUAAGCGUCACCUUCGCCAAUUCACCCCUCCUCCUCCCCGCCUAUACACACCUUGGUGCUUCUGCUAGCACUGGUAGCAAUAGUUCCGCCGACCGCGCCUCGCUCCAUCACGUGUGCUGGUGGUCCGGCGACCACGGCGGCUACACCGCCGACUCCCCCAAUGCGCCGUGGCUGGUGGAGCGCGGGGAGGGGGAGGCGGAGCGGCGAGUGCCGGGGGGCGUGGUUGUUGUCGGGGAGGACUGCGCGCGGUGCGCGGCGGGGCGGCUGUGCAGUUUCACGAUAGCGGUGCAUCGUCCCGCGCACUGGGACGUGCCGCGGUACUCGGCGUUCAAAGGCGAGCUGCUCGUGUCGCUGCACGGGCCCGCCACGCUGCAGGCGCGCGUCGCGCGCGUCGAUAACGACCCGCGGCGCAUGCUCGUGACGUACCGCGCGUGGGACGCGGGGGAGUACACUGUGGUGGUGCGGGACUCAUGCGGCACGCUCAACUACUCCUCGCAGCACUACCAUCACACGCACAACAUCGCCAACUGGACGCUCCUCAUCGCCCCCACCCCCCCUGCCGCCUUCGACUCCCUCCCGCCCCCUGAUGCUGCCCUAGCAGUGGGCGUGGGUGGGGGGGAGGUGAGUGGGGGUGCGGCGCAGGGCGCAGGAGCGGGGGGCAGCGAGGGGCAGGGCAUGGGGGGAGUGGAGAGCGAGGCGGAGUGGUGUGCGUCGCCGUGCGGGCAGGGGGACAUGGGCCGGUGGCUGCUCAACGACAGUGACUACAGGUGGGUGCCGUACCCAUGCGCGGCCCCCAUUCCGCCCGCCUCGGAGUGGGUGUCAACCCUGGUGGCGCGGGGGUUCCGCGAGGUGAGCUUUGUGGGCGACAGCCACCAGCGCUUCCUCUUCCUGCACCUGCUCUUCCUGCUCUCGCACCACGUCAACACGUCCUUCAUCAAGAGCCACAGCGAUAUCAGCUACCUGGUGGGCGGCACAGGCCACGUGCGCAUGCUGCACGGCGGCCCCGAGGAGGCGGUGAGCGAGGAGGAGCGUGCGAGCAUGCCGCUGAAGCUCAACUUCUACUGGGUGGAUGGCAUCUACGAGAACGGCCACUAUGGCUGCACCAACCGCGGGCGCUUCUCAGAGCGCGAGCACAGCUUCCCAGCCAUCUCCACCACGGCGGACGUCACCAUCUUCAACGGCGGCUUCUGGACCGCCGCCUUCUGUGAGCACGCGGAGCGCGCCCUCGGAGUGUACCUGCCGCCCUACCUCGAGUGGGCCUUCUUCCAGCUCGAGCGCACGCAGAACCAGAGGGCCAAGUGGCGCGCACAGAGAAAGAAGGAAAGGGAGGGCAACGGGGGGAAGGGCGGCGCGGAGGAGGCGGAUAGUGGUGGACCGUUUCUGGUGUACCGCAGCAUUCCCCCGCUGCGCACGCAGUACCAGUGCAAGCAGGGCACGAACGCCCAAAUAGCACACAUGAACGAGGUGGUGCAGGGGCAGCUGGAGCGGUACGGGUUCCAGUGGCUCAACAUGUGGCCUGUGGAGCUGCCGCGGUUCUCAGACACGUGCAAUGGGAAUGACCCCCACUUCACGUGCUUCACACCCGCUGAGAACCCCCAUGGCGAUGGGGUGCUCACAGGGCCUGUUGGGGAGGCUGCAGUGUACAGGGCAGUUCACUUUAUUCUAAAUGAACUCAUAAGAUAA